UUAUCAGCCACAAGGGUGGUCAGACAUGGGCAGCACCUGGUGAGGUGGCUGAUUCCCUAUGUCUGCCAGUGUUCUCGAAGCUGCCUUCAAUAGUAUGCCUUAAGUUUUGGUUAGCCCUAAAGAGGUCAGGUGGUUGGACUCGAUCAUCUUUGAAAGCUAUUUCCAACCAUUCUCCUUUCCCUUCUCUCUGAAGGGCAAACAUUUGUUGGAGUUAAUCUAAGGACUUAAAAACUGAAGUAAUGUAAAAUAUGUAUUGAGUGUGUGUAUUUUCUAUUGCUUCUAACAUUUAUAAUGCAGAAAUUCAGGUUGCAUUUUCCCAGCAUCUGGCUGUAACUGGAGCUGGAACAUCUCCCAAGUACAUAUAGCAUUUGUCAUAGCAGACCUAAACCUAAACUGUCAGUUUGACAGAAAUUAAGGCUGAGUUAGCCUUAAUAUGUUAAUACUAUAAUUAUAUCUGCAUUAUUCAGCAAUUAUGUAUAUUUACAAUGGAAGCACUACUUUUAUUUCAUGCAAUACAUUUAGGAAAUACUUGCAGCUUGCAGUAUUAAUGUAAGCUACAAACCAGCAAGCUGUUAAGUAGACCCACAGCCCAUCACCUUCCAGGUGCACAGGGACUCCAAAACAACCUUAUCUAAACUUAAGAACAAAAACCUUAACUGAAAUCCUCUGUUGUAGGUUCUUUUUCACUCCAGAUGUAUCUUUCAGUAUCUGCAGCUCUGUAGCAGCUCUUUGUUAGAGCAAGGUGCUUAAUAGUUGUGUGUUGAAUUGCAGAAUGUGUGGUUUUUAAAAUAAAGCCAAAACCAACAUCUGUGGAUGGGAGAGAAAACAUCUAAAGCUUUGAGGAGGUUGCCUCUGCUGCAGGGAAGCAAUAAAACUGACCCUGUGUUGUACCAGCAUGGCGGUGACAGAGCGAACCUACACGGUGCAGCCAAGGCCUCAGGGCCGCGUUCCCGCCAGCGGGCAGCCCGUGUCUGAGGUGAUGUGGGCGGCAUGGCGGCAGGGGGCAGCCGCGGGGAGCCCUUGGCCAUAGAGCCGCUGCCUGAGCCCCAGCCCGAGAUGUUCUCAGCCGAGGAGAGCUGGGAGGACCAGGAGCAAACGGGGGAGAUUCAGUUUAAAAUUCUGAGAGGGCACAGCGAUACUGUGAGCUCCUGCCAUUUUUGCUGUGAAGACUCAAAAAUACUUUCGUGCUCUUACGACAGAACAGUGAAGCUCUGGGAUGUUGCCAAAGGAUUUCCUGUUCAAAUGUUUGAAGAGCACACAGCCCCAGUUUCUGAAUGCAACCCAAGUCCUGAUGGCAGAAGAGUGGUAACAUCAUCCUAUGAUAGAACUGUCAAGACUUGGGAUAUGGAAACGGGAAAAGUGCUUUGGACAAUAGAACAUGAAGGUAUCGUAACUUCAUGUAAUAUUUCCCGUGAUGGCAAAUAUGUGGUAUCUGGCUCGGAAAAUGGCAAUGCCAUAUCUGUUUUUGAUGCAGUACGUGCAACAAAGGUGGCACGUGUCCAAGGUCAUCACAGGAGUACAAUCACAAGAUGCUGCUUUGAGCCUGGUAAUCAGAGAGUGACUUCAGUAUCAUAUGAUAAGACUAUAAAGCUGUGGGAUAUGGUAGCUCGAUCCACCUCAAUUACUAUUAAAGAGGGACACAGCAAUGCUAUCUCUGAUUGCUGCUUUACAUCUGAUGGUCGUUACUUGUGCACAGCAUCCUGGGACAGGAGCUUAAAAAUAUGGGACAUAAAGACAGAAGCAUUUCAGAGUCGUGGACCUGUUACCUUGAACCAGGGACAUGAGGGUUCUGUUAGUUCCUGUUGUUUUAGCCACGAUGCAUCACUUGUACUAUCUGGUGGAUACGACAACGCAAUAGUCGUAUGGGAAACAGAUGCAGGAUAUAAGAAGUUAAGCUUAAAGGGCCACUGGGAUUGGGUGACAGAUGUCGCAAUUAGUAGAAGCAAGAAGUGGAUUCUUUCAGCCUCAAAGGAUUCCACUUUGAGACUGUGGAACAUUGAAAAGAUGGAUUGCUUACCUUCAGUGAUAGAAAGCAGAAAAGAAAAAGGCUCAAAAAUUGCUCAGUGUGAAGAAUGUGAAAGACCUUUCCUAAGUCUGCAGCACAGUGACUUUGAAGUGAUAUCCAAGUGUGUAUUCUGUCGUCUGUCUUCUCCAGCAAGAAAUAUUUUGCCAUCGCCACCUUCCAUCCCUCCUGAUCUUUAAAUUCAUCUGGCAGUCUUUGGAUGUUAACAUACGUGAGUAUAAGUGGAGUGUCUGUACACCUUCAUGUACUGCACAUAUAAAGCUGAAUGUUUAAUCUUGUGCUGCCAUAGUAUUCUGGAGGAAUGAUAAACUACGCUGCUGAGCAGGGUCUGUUGUGACAGGACGAGGGCAAAUGGUUUCAGACUAAGAGAGGAGAGAUUUAGACUGGAUACAAGGAAGAAAGAUGAUGAUAAGGGUGGUGAUGCCCCAUCCCUGCAGGCACAAUGACUGAGCACCCAAUGGAGCUGUAGGUCCCUGUUCACUGUAGGGAAGUUGGACCAGAUGCCUUUAAGGGUCCGUUGUGACUCAGACAAUUCUAUGAUCCCACACUUUGCUGAUCCCCUGAGCAGCUGUGCCUCCUCACAUCAAGAUUGUAGCUGCCCCGCAGCUGAAGUCUGUGUAGUGUGGGACUGGAGGACAAAAUUAUUUACUUGCCUGCUGGUAAAUUUUAAACAAUUUUAAAUGAAUACAACAGUUCCAAGCUCAGUUUAUUAAUGAACAUGUAUGAAUUAUAAAUUAUUGUCAAGUUUCCUUC